AUGACAACCACAUUUUCAGGAAAUGCGAAUGAAUUUAGAGUUGGCAAUCGUUUAAGUAGUGGAAUGUUACCCUUAGGUCAUUGCUCAAUUGAAAAAGAGAUUAAAGUAGCAUUGGAAGAAAUACCUAAAGAUGAUAAUAUAGAUGUCAUUGAAAUAGAUUUGCCACCCAUUAAUGACAAAAAACGUGAGAAAAUUCUUGAAACUAUUCAUAAUAUUUUCCAAGCUGAAAGGAUCAAUGAUAGACUGUUCAUCAAAUUUGAUGGUUUAAUGAAGGAACGAAUACAUUCUGAAUUAAUGAUUUCACUUCGACAACAACUUCCAGCUUGGUUGGUUGUGACUAAUGGGGUAUCUGUAGUUAAUGGUAAUGAAUUUCGACCAGAUGUGGGGGGAUGGAAUCAAUGGCCAACUCGUCAGCAACAGAUGGCACCUGUCAUUAAUGUAUCUCCACCUCCUUUAUUAUGGGUUGAAGUGGCAUUCAAUAGGACUAAGGAUCGUGUCAAUGCAUUAAACAAGAUUGAAUAUGUUCAGCCAUAUUGUCCAAACACUGAGUUUGUGUUAAUUGUUAUUCCUUUUGGAAUGUCACCCUUUCAAGCAAAUCCAAACCCUGGGAUUAUAUCAGUUGCAGUAACAUUACCAAGAGCAGAUCGUCCUUCAAGAGCACCAUAUAUUGGCCAUUGGGCUGUAGGUGUUACUUUUGAUGCAGUACAAUGGUACAAAAUGCGAUGGAAUGAACACAUUAUUCUUGGGUGUGGGGGGAGCAUCUACUUUAAUGAUGUACUUACAAUCUUGUCAUAA